AACUAUUUCAUUUAUUUUGCAUUGGAUUAUGGUGGACUUUGAACAGGGAGAUGAGAUAUACGUUAUUGGCGAUGGGCCAUGAGUAAAUGUAACAUUGUGUGAGCCUAAGACGGAAAUGUAAUUUAGCAAGAAAAGUUUAACUACUAGCCAGCCCGAGUUUGAAAGUAAACGUACGCUGAUUACAGUGCGUGCAUAUGUUUGCACUUUAGGCAAAACAAACGCGGUUGCACAGCUGUUUAUUUGAAAUUGCAAGUGGAAUGUGCCCUACCAACGUGUUUGGCAGGUAGCUAUGCUAGCUAGUUAAAAGAGCUAGCAUUGUUAUGCUAGAUCGCUAACUAGUUUAGCUAGCUGGCAAAUUGUACCGAACGAAAAGUGGACAACGCAUCCGACAACCUUAUCUAGCUAGCUAUAUCUAACCUUUACAUUACCAGACAAAAAAAACGUGAUUUUAUCAAGACAGUGAAGCAACUCGAGGAUCUGUUCCACCGUGGGCUGCUGUGUGGCCACUGCUUGCUGCAGCAGGUGUGGGAGGGCUGUGGCAUUGCGGUCAGCCUGGUGUUCUACCUGGUCAACACGGUGGUCAACCUGCUGCUCAUCGGGACACAGAACGUCUACUCUGUUGUAGUCAGCAUGUGGGAGGCAGUUUCCUGCCCCCUGCAGAAGGCUGUGGAGCUCACCCUCACACUCUUCACCUUUCUGUACAGCAGCCUGGUUGGCACCUCAGUCGUUCUCUGGACUCCCAUCAGGCUGGCCCUGGAGUUCCUGGGCUCGCUCGGACACAUCUUCGUCAGCGUCUUCCUCCUGAAUAUCUAUGGCCUCAUUCUCACAGCGACCAUUGUUGUCACCGCCACAAUCUAUAUGAACCCUGAGCUGACCAGUCUUGGAGCCCGGCGCGCCUUCGGUUUUGUCAACUCUGUCCCCACCCUGCAUCUCAUACAGAGGGCGCUCCAUCGCCUCUACGUGCUGGAGAGGGGCGUGUGGCAGAGGCUUCAGCGGCAGGCCAGCCGCCUACACCAAACGAUAACACCAGUCUACAGGAACAUCAGAGUGAGGGGUGACGGCCACGCCAGGCAACCUGAGCCCAGUGACAGAGAACAGGGGGCUCUUACGGACAGUAGGGAAGGAGACGCAGCACCACCCGCUGAACAUGCUGCCCGGCCACGCCAGCUAAUGGAUGACCUGUGGGACCUAGCGUUCCCCAGCUCCAGCAGCACAGACAGGCCUUUACAGAAACUCUCAUCGGGGGAGGGGUGCUCCAGCUCCAAGGGUCCCCCGGCCGACAGCCUACUGACUCUGCUCAAGGAGCAUGAGGAGAGGAAGAAGUGCGUCAUCUGCCAGGACAGCACCAAGACAGUGGUGCUGCUGCCCUGCCGCCACCUGUGUCUGUGUCGGGACUGUACUCACAUACUGCUGCGCCAGCCCAUCUACCAGCAGAACUGUCCGCUCUGCCGCCAUAUGAUCCUUAAUACCAUGGAUGUGUAUCUCUGAGGGACCAAAUGGGGGAGGGGCAUUACCCAGAGUGCUGCAUUGUUAACAUGUUGAAUCUCAGGUUUAGGAUGUGCAGAGACUACAUCUACACCUGCAGUACAUUGCAGCUCAGACGCACGCUAUCCAAGUCCAGUGCACUGCUGAAAUGGCUUGUCGUCCGUGGCUGAUGUCAUAAAUGAUUCCUGUAUUUUGUUCAGACCACCAUGACAGUGCUUGCCAAAAUGUUUAUACUUGUUUGUUCAUAUUACUGAACACUUCAUGUUCUAUACACUUCAUGUCGUUCCAAACUGUGUGUGAACCUAAUAAGGAAUGUUUGCUGUAUAGCAGUUAAUUUACUUUAUUCAGCAUAUGUUCAGUUUGAAAGCAUUCCAUUGGCAGUUUAAAACACUGGAGACAAUACCGUACGUACCAAAUGCUGUCGUAAAAGCACAUUUUGUAGCUUAUGUAUAGGUUUAAAUGGUGACAACCUCUCAAAUGCAAUUUGUCAAUAGCCAAUAUUGUUCCAAGCUGUUCACAUCCAGAGACCCAUAAAAAGUGUGAAAUGGUUUUGUAUUGUGGGAAAGGGUUAAUUUCAUAAGCUAUGGUUGUCUAAAAAUAUCAGUGUCAGAAAUUAUUAACCAGAUCUAUCUGUCUUGUCAUAUGAAAAAAAAAAAAAAUGGUUUUGUUCAAAUUAUUCAAUUUUUGUCACUAUAGCCAAUUCUUUCCACUAUGCUGACACAUGAACACUACCUAAUUUAUGCUCCACACAAGGUUUAUUCAUCUUUAUAGUUCUUAAAAUGUUUUUAACUUGUGAUCAAACAUUGACAUGUUCACAAUUACCACCAUUAGUCAGUAAUGGGUUCAUAAUUCCUUGUUUCAAUUUUGUCUCUUUGCUCAAAAUAAGUAUUGAUCAAAGCUCUGUGAAAUGCCAUGUUGAAGAUUUACAGCACAAACUGCAAUGGUUAUUGAAUUAGAUUGCAAGUGUUGGAGAAAGGCCUGUUAAGUGACAAUAAAAGCAAAAGGCUGGUGAGUCAUAUUUGAUAUGCCUUUUUUGGGCCAAGGUUUCAUAAAUGUUGGAUAGGCUCUGCCCGUAAUAUAUUUUGGGGUCAAACACGAUGGACUGACUUCAAUAUUGUGACAGAGGAGCCAGAACGUGAACCAUAGUGUCACUGAUGUCCUGUGACUGUCUUAGUCUCAUUGACAUUGUACAGCCUAUAAUCAUUUCCCACUGUCUUUGUUCCAAUCAGAAGUCUUAACAUGUGUCUGUUAUUUCAACAGAUGCUGUAAUCACUCAUUCAAUACUUUGCCUUUUAUCUAGUGCCAAACCAACAUUUUCCAAAAAGCCUGCCAUUUUCUUAACACCCCAUGUAAAAAAUAUAAUAACUAUAAAACCAACAAUGGUCUAUAAUGUGAAAUAUUGAUAAGAAUCUGGAGAGAGAAAAGGUUGGGCCCAUGAAUUAUCUGACGUGACAUUAUAUUGAUACAAUAUGAAAAAUGAUUAGGCAUAUUAUAUUUUUGAUGUCCAGAGUAAAUUCUAGGUUAUAUUCUGAGUUGACCUCGUGUCCCAAAGCCCUUUAAUCAUUGUGUGACAUUCUUGUCUACAUAUACAGUCGACUCUUACCACAGACCACACAUGUUGCCAUUCACAUGGCUUAUUUUGUCUAGGAAGACUGACCUGUGUAUCCAGGGGACACGGCACAAAGUUAUGGACGUUGCAAUAAGCCAUGAAUGGGGUAGCAGGUGGUUAAGAGUAUUGGGCCAGUAACUGAAAGGUUGCUGGUUUGAAUCCCUGAGCUGCAUAGUUGAAAAAUCUUAACCCUAAUUUCUCCUGUAAGUCUCUGGAUAAAAUAGGAUAAAUCUGUCAUGUACACAUUUAUUUUGUUUUAUAAAGGUUUCUGAAUGUGGCCAUACUCACAAAUGAGAAUGACAAAUGUCUGUGAGACAAUAAACAAACAAUCUUUCGGUA